CCGCGAGGAGACUAUUAUGCGCGUGAGUUGCCCGGUAGUCCUUACAGCCAGCUGCCUUCCACGGCGAGGCGUCCGAGCGUCCGCCCGAGAACAAGAUGGCCGCGGCGGCCACGCUGCGCCCUUAACGUAAUUUCCGGCUAGGAUCGGAAGUGCGAGUGAAAGCCGGGAAGGGCCCGAUCAAGAUGGCGGCGGGCCCCAUCUCGGAGCGGAACCAAGAUGCCACCGUCUACGUGGGCGGCCUGGACGAGAAGGUCAGCGAGCCGCUCCUGUGGGAGCUGUUCCUCCAGGCGGGGCCCGUGGUCAACACCCACAUGCCCAAGGACCGCGUCACGGGCCAGCACCAAGGCUAUGGCUUCGUGGAAUUUCUCAGCGAGGAGGACGCUGACUACGCCAUCAAGAUCAUGAACAUGAUCAAACUCUACGGGAAGCCCAUCCGGGUCAACAAGGCCUCGGCCCACAACAAGAACCUGGAUGUGGGCGCCAACAUCUUCAUCGGCAACCUGGACCCGGAGAUAGACGAGAAGCUGCUGUACGACACGUUUAGCGCCUUCGGGGUCAUCCUUCAGACUCCCAAGAUCAUGCGUGACCCUGACACGGGCAACUCCAAGGGUUACGCCUUCAUCAACUUUGCCAGCUUUGAUGCUUCAGAUGCUGCCAUAGAGGCGAUGAAUGGACAAUACCUCUGCAACCGCCCCAUAACCGUUUCCUAUGCCUUCAAGAAGGAUUCUAAGGGGGAAAGGCAUGGCUCAGCGGCUGAGCGCCUCCUCGCUGCGCAGAACCCCCUCUCCCAGGCAGACCGGCCACAUCAACUCUUUGCAGACGCUCCACCCCCACCCUCGGUGCCUACGCCAGUGGUUACCACCUUGGGGCCAGGGGUUACUCCUCCAGGCAUCCCCCCGCCAGGAUCAUUUCCUCCACCAGUACCCCCUCCGGGAGCUUUGCCACCAGGAUUGCCUCCAUCCAUGCCACCUCCACCCAUGCCACCAGGAGCUGGUGCCCCAGGACCUCCUUCUGCAGGAGCCCCCGGUGGGGCGCAUCCUCCCCACCCACAUCCUUUCCCUCCUGGCGGGAUGCAUCCAGGGAUGCCGCAAAUGCAGGUCCAUCAUGGAAUGCCCGGGAUGGGCCCACAUCACCCUGGACCUCCAGGAGCAGGGGGGCAGCCACCUCCGCGCCCACCUCCAGGCAUGCCCCAUCCUGGGCCACCCCCCAUGGGCAUGCCACCCAGGGGACCUCACUUUGGAUCCCCAAUGGGUCAUCCUGGUCCCAUGCCACCUCAUGGCAUGCGUGGGCCGCCUCCUUUGAUGCCACCCCAUGGAUACAAUGGCCCACCUCGGCCUCCUCCCUACAGCUAUCAGCGCAUCCCUCUGCCGCCUCGUCCUGCCCAACGGCCCAUGGUGCCUCCGCGGGGACCUAUGCGGGGGCCUCUCCCCCCCUAGGCCACAAUAGGUCACCAGCCUGCCUGAAAAAACAGCCGCCUCCUGUGGGUCUCCCUUUUUCUUCUCUUUUUUUUUUUUUUUU